CGUUUAAGCGUUGGUUGUCAGUUUAAUCGUUUGCAAUGCAUAGAACCGGAAACGGAAGUCGCUACUGCGGACCGGAUGUUCUAGCAGUGGCAGCAGUUACGGCGAUGUUUUUUUGGAUCUGGUAGCUUACAAACAGAAGCGCUGCCGUGUUCGAAAACGGUGUAUCUAGGCGAAGGCACUGGCCUUUACUCCGGAUCGUUGAACUACACCACUAAACCAAUGACAACCGUGUCCUGCCUGAUGACCCUUCAACCCGACAACGACAGCGUUAUAAACUACAAUCUGCACAAGGUGUCGAUGCAACCCCCACUGUGUUUCGGAAGUCGUUGCGGGUGCAGAAACUCCCUGACGAUCAAAUCGAGCCAUUUGGGUCAAACCGACGUUAACACGUAUUGUUCCCAAUCGUCUAUAGACACGAGAGAUUACGUACGGACGCUCGGUAAAUAUGUGGAGUUUAAUGUCAAGGUCGGUGUGGAAAACUAUACAGUUUAUGUAGUGAUCUUUUUUUAAACGGCAGCUUCUUGCCCGUGGUAAAUUGGGCUUGCAGUAAUAUUGACGGUGACAUGGGUCGGCCUCCCAGCUUUGCGGAAUCUGUCCAGGCAUGAUCGCCCGUGCCCGUUGUGCAUUGAUCACUGAACGUUUCAAUUUUUUGCUGUAUUUCAUUAAGAUAUUCAAGACCGUUGAUAACGUUAACUUUAGAUCAAGGAUAAUCUUUCGUAUUUAUCUAUUGGUUAUAGUUGCUAUGAUAAAAUGUACUGUACAUAUCGUGAAUACAUGAAUCCGUUUGCAUAUUGGUUUCUACGAGGUGGGACGAAAUGUUGCAAUAGUGUAUCAAACGUGUUGUCGCCAUGUCCGAACACGUUGAAGUGAAAAAGCAAAGCUACAUGUAUAUCAUGCACAACUCAGAACAAAAAAUGCGUUUAGAUCUUUGUAUAAAAUAAUAAAAUAAACAAAAGUAUGUGUUUACAUACGUAUUAAAGAAGUAUUAGAAUUGUGCAAGGCUUCUACGUGUUGACAUGUUGUUUUCGACGAAGAGAAUAUGAGAUAAAGGUUCCCGGUGUGCCUUUAAACAACAGUCAUGGAGAGCUUGAUAUUCACAACGUCAUUUCCGGUCACCAGACUUUGAGGGAUUACCGAGAUCACAUGCGACACAUCUAGGUGUACUUGGAUGGUACCGGCACCGCUCGGAAGAAAGACUAAAGAGUGACGAGUUACAGCUGUUCGAUUUCGGAUGCUUCUUGUCCUUGUUUUUGAGCCGCGGUGGUGUUUGUCUAUGUAUGUUAAGUCUUAAAAUUAUAUAUAUGGUGAUAAAUGCAGGUAGAGCAUCAUUAAAAAGAUAGGUUGAUGUAUUUAGCUAUGUAUGCCAUUUUGUCAAUUACACGACUGCUUAACAUGCGAACACGCCUUAAUAGUAAGUCACAUGUACUACGUAAAGGCACUUGUCUCGAGUACGUUUUGAAACAGUAACUUUCUAUAAACUACGCUAAUGGAAUUCGACUGACUCUCACUGACUCUUAAAUCGCGAGCCCUUUCCAGUCAAUGGCAACUGCGCACCGACCGUCAAUAGCGGAUACACGUUUGGCAUUUAAUUUGUCAGUGAACAAGUCGCAAAUGCAUGUGGUCGUGAUACAAUCAGCAUAUGUCGUUUUAGCGAUAAGUAUUAAGUCUCGACAAUAAAAAGCUAGCUGUAAAAACAUAUAACAUAUAUUUUACCUCCUUCUUAAAUAUUUAUUGGCUGAUAACCAUUUGGCAAUCAGCAAUUCGAACAUGACCAAAUAGCAGUAAGCAGUUUUCAUUUAGCAUGCCAUCUUAGUCUUCCAUACUUAGGUAAAAAACAACUGACUACUGAAACCGGUUUAAACUACCUAUGCUAUAAUGCUUUGUAUCGACCGUAUCAAGGUGUUGACCCUAGUUAGGCUAGUAUAAAGUAGUUUUAUAUUUUCGUGUAUGUGUUAGUCAUAUGGAAAGUGUUGGGUAAUUUAUAUAAAUCAAGUAGGCCCUACCUGAUUGUGAUUUAUCUUUCGCCAUGAUUACGUUUUCUAUAAAUAGAAAGUACACGAAUUUUACCUUAAUCGAUACACGGAUGUUUUAAGUUAAAUAUUAAUAUAUAUCAAUAAAUGCGGGAUUUAAUGCAUUCAUCGACAUGAACGUUUAUAUAUUUAUGAAAGGAACAUAUUUUAUCGUAUUUAUAACCAAAUGUGAUUUCUAACGGAUCAUAAUAAAACUUGUGCUUCUUAAAAAAUGGAAGUUUACGAAAAACUCGGCUGUUCGUGUACUAAAUUUAAGUUAAAGAAAGCAUUACAUUUUGUAUUUGUGUUACAUCUCGGAACAUGUUUAGUCUCAUCGAAUCCAAUAUUUGUUAACCCUUGCAAUAUACAAACGAGACUCGGUCAGGCAUCCGGAAACUACAGCGGAAAGCUAUAUUUCUCGAGAGGACCGAAUCUUUUACAGCAGCCGACUGACUGCCCUAUGACGAUAGUAACAGACCCUGAUAACGUCAUCGCCUACAGGUUCGAGUAUCUAAACCUGAACAAACACUGUGAGGAUGAAGUCAUCGGAACUUGCGAUUGCAAUAAUUCGCUUACUGUGAGUUCUGCUAAAAACGGCGAUGCAGCAUAUAAACAAUACUGUUCAGGGGAGAAAAUCGACACAAUUCAUUACUCCGAAUCUAUAGGUAGCACGCUAGUAUUUAACGUCAAAAUGUUACCAGACGCAUCAGUUAGUCUACAAAUUCGGAUGUUCACGUUACGAUACUUGCAAAAUAAAACUUGUGCCAACGAUGAAUUGUUGUGUUCAAAGGCAUGCGUGCAACGAUCCCUAGCGUGUGGACCAGACAGACACGAGUAUUGUAACAGCCCGAAUGAAGUGUGCUCAAGCGUCAAGAUUUCCAGUCAUAAUAGCGGCCUCAUUGGCGGCGUCGUCGGCGGCCUAAUUGCCUUUCUAGUCAUCGCAGUCAUCCUAACCUUGUGCCUUCGAGGGGAGAACAGCAUCCUCCGGAAGACGUGCUUUAAGCAACAAAUCCAGUCGAAUUCUAGUCGAGCAAAUGCAAUAUUCACUGUCCAUGGGGCGACUCAGGCUGUCUCAACCAGCGGUGCAGGAAACGACAAUCAGGCCUAUACUGAGUACGAUGAUCCCCUUGGAAGGGUGACGUUCCAGCCACCGCCCGAAUACAGCUCCCUAGAGCACAUAGACAGGGCCGGUCGGGGUAACGAGCCCAAAGACGGCGGCGACCUGCCCCCGAGCUACGAAGACGCUGUUCAAAACAGAGAUCAGAAUAAACUAUAAGCGAUGACAUUGAUGUCUGAAAUAUAAUGAAAUAAACUAAAAUGUUCAGUUUUUAUUUGUUUGAAACGGGCAUUAAUUGUACGUCAAAAUCAAACAUGUUCAUAACAGUCGUUAGGCAAAGUUGCCGUAAUCUAGGGAACAAGUAAAAAGCUCAGUGCCUGGGGGUGGGGGUGGGGUCUGACAGCAGAAACAACGACGGUGAACAACCAUCGACCUAUGGGGACUCUGUACCGACGGGUGUGCCCGUAUCGAAGUAUCUUUAAAGAAACAUUGGGGAGUUCCGUUUGCAUUCUUGUUUGCACGAGGUGAGAAGAAAUGCUGUGUUUGUAACCGUAUUGGCACAGGGCGAUAUGAAUAGUUGCACGACUGUGUCUUGCCCUAGUCAGUACAGAAACGUGUGUUCAUAUAUAUUUAUAUAAUAAUUCUAAAUUGGCUUUUGCUUGUAUACAGUCGGACUCGUUAUUGCGAAGUCGCCGGGAUCAAGAUUAAUUCUUCGAAAUUACGAUUCUUCGAGUUAAACAUUUCUAGUAUUAUUAUUAUCAUUAUUAUUAUAUUAUCAUGAUCAUCAUUAUUAAAAUGUCAUUCAUUUUUAAAUGUUGCAAAAAUCAGCAUGUUCGGAAUACUUAAAAAAAUAAGGAAUUACUCAGUUAGGUUAAGUGAUGUUCAAAAUAACGGCGGUCGACUCUGCAUUAACAUAUAGUAUCUGGGUAAUUGUCCAUGCUUUUAGUGUUUCAGAAAUCCGGUUGUACAAAUGAAAUUAUUUAUUGCAUGACUGGAUGAUAUUAUAUAAUUCGUCACUUGUUUUAAUAUAUAUAUAUUUAUGUCCCCCUUCGAAGAAGAGGGGGUAUAUUGUUUUGCACAUGUCGGUCGGUCCGUCGGUCGGUCGGUCCACCAGAUGGUUUCCGGAUGAUAACUCAAGAACGCUUAGGCCUAGGAUCAUGAAACUUCAGAGGUACAUUGAUCAUGACUGGCAGAUGACCCCUAUUAAUUUUCAUGUCACUAGGUCAAAGGUCAAGGUCACAGUGACUCGAAACAGUAAAAUGGUUUCCGGAUGAUAACUCAAGAAUGCUUAGGCCUAGGAUCAUGAAUCUUCAUAUGUACAUUGAUCGAGACUGGCAUAUGACCCCUAUUGAUUUUCAGGUCACUAGGUCAAAGGUCAAGGCCACAGUGACUCGAAACAGUAAAAUGGUUUCCGGAUGAUAACUCAAGACUGCUUACGCCUAGAAUCAUGAAACUUCAUAGGAACAUUGAUCAUGACUGGCAGAUGGCCCCUAUUGAUUGUCGGGUCACUAGGUCAAAGGUCAAGGUCACAGUGACUCGAAACAUUAAAAUGGUUUCCGGAUGAUAACUCAAGAAUGCUUACGUCUAGGAUCAUGAAACUUCAUAGGUACAUUGAUAAUGACUGGCAGAUGACCCCUAUUGAUUUUCAGGUCACUAGGUCAAAGGUCAAGGUCACAGUGACUCAAAAUAGUAAAAUGGUUUCCGUAUGAUAACUCAAGACAUCUUACGCCUAGGAUCAUGAAACUUCAUAGGUACAUUGACCAUGACUUGCAGAUGACCCCUAUUAAUUUUCAGGUCACUAGGUCAAAAGUCAAGUUCACAGUGACUCGAAACAGUAAAAUGGUUUCCUGAUGAUAACUCAAGAAUAAUUAGGCCUGGGAUCGUGAAACUGCAUAGGUACAUUGAUCAUGACUGGCAGAUGACCCCUAUUGAUUUUCAGGUCACUAGGUCAAAGGUCAAGGUCACAGUGAUACAAAACGUAUUCACACAAUGGCUGCCACUACAACUGACAGCCCAUAUGGGGGCAUGCAUGUUUUACAAACAGCCCUUGUUUAAAUUUCAUUUUGAAAUCCGUUAUUGUUAUAUCCAAGGCUUAUUGUUGAAUUCGUGAUUUAUUUUUUAUCAGUCACACUAUAACAGUUUUUUAAUAACUUUUGCAUGCAUUUAGCUUCAAUAAACGCAUGAUUUCAGAUCUAUGUUCGCAAGAAGAAAUUUACCGCCAUGCAUAUGAUACGUUUCAAUCUAUAACACAAAUAAAGGAAUACCAUUUUAUUAUGCCCCCUUUCGAAGAAGAGGGGGUAUACUGUUUUGCUCAUGUUGGUAGGUCGGUCCGUCUGUCCACCAGAUGGUUUCCGGAUGAUAACUCAAGAACGCUUAGGCCUUGGAUCAUGAAACUUCAUAGGUACAUUGAUCAUGACUGGCAGAUGACCCCUAUUGACUUUCAGGUCACUAGGUCAAAGGUCAAGGUCACAGUGACUCGAAAUAGUAAAAUGGUUUCCGGAUGAUAACUCAAGAACGCUUAGGCCUAUGAUCAUGAAACUUCAUAGGUAGAUUGAUCAUGACUGGCAUAUGACCCCUAUUGAUUUUCAGGUCACUAGGUCAAAUGUCAAGGUCACAGUGACUCGAAAUAGUAAAAUGGUUUCCUGAUGAUAACUCAAGAAUGAUUAGGCCUAGGAUCAUGAAACUUCAUAGGUACAUUGAUCAUGACUGGCAGAUGACCCCUAUUGAUUUUCAGGUCACUAGGUCAAAGGUCAAGGUCACAGUGACUCGAAAUAGUAAAAUGGUUUCCGGAUGAUAACUCAAGAAUGCUUACGCCUAGGAUCAUGAAACUUCAUAGGUACAUUGAUCAUGACUGGCAGAUGACCCCUAUUGAUUUUCAGGUCACUAGGUAAAAGGUCAAGGUCACAGUGACUCAAAACAGUAACAUGGUUUCCGGAUGAUAACUCAAGAAUGCUUACGUCUAGGAUCAUGAAACUUCAUAGGUACAUUGAUCAUGACUGGCAGAUGACUCGUGUUGAUGUUCAGGUCACUAGGUCAAAGGUCAAGGUCACAGUGACAAAAGUUGUAUUCACACAAUGGCUGCCACUACAACUGACAGCCCAUAUGGGGGGGCAUGCAUGUUUUACAAUCAGCCCUUGUUAUGAUAAAGUUUCCUAAUUUUGGUAGAUAGAGAUGUAUUGGUGUUAAUUUAAUAUUGACUUGUUAUAUUUCUUCUCUAGAUAUGUAAUAGAUAUGUAGAUAUUGACUAUGCUCUGUAUAUGUAGGUCAAGUGGUUAACAGGCAUAUAUCAAUGAUAGAUGAUUUUAAUUGUUUACGGGAAAACAAUUUAGAAACGCCAUUGUUAAACAAAUUACGUGAAUGCAAUUUCAACAAUCGCCAUUUUUACAAUUAAUUGUAUACAAUAAUUCGAAUGAUUAAAUGCAUAAUUUAUAAGUGUUACCUAAAAUUCUACAACCCACAAAAAACACAAUGUUACUUUAAAUGCCGAUCAUUCUUGAGCUUGCAUUUUGGUUUUGUUUGCAGCAGAGUCAUAAUUGUGUGGACGAAGUUGCUUGCAUCUGUUAUUAAAUUCCAGUAAAUGUCGCAAUACAUCUAUGUCUUAGUCUUUCAUGCAACUAAUCGAUUUUGUUAUUUCUACAAAAUGGAAUGAUUUUGUCAUACAAUAGUUAUUGAUUUAUAUUAAUUUUUAGCUCGGCGUUUUCGGAGAAACACCGAGGUAUUGUCAUAACCAGCUCGUCGUGUCGUCUGACGUCCGCGUCGUGCUAAAACCUAAGGUUUUGAACAUUGGCUCUAAAAUCAAAUUGCUUCCACUUUCAAGUUUGAAACUUCAUAUGUAGAUGCACCUUGAUGAGGUCAAAGGUCAAGGUCACUGUGACCAUUAAAAAAAAUUCUGACAAGCUUUCAUUUAUUCAAAACUGCACCCGUAGCCGAGCGUGGCAACCGUUAUGCGGUACUCUUGUCGUUUUUGUCCUCUAAAAUUCAAUACAAACUCACAUCCCAAACAAGACAAACAUUCGAAAUGCAACUCCUGAAUCACUGAAUGGUUGCUUUCCCCGCCCAAAAUUCGAAGUGCAACUCCUGAAUUAGUGAAUGGUUGCUCUCCGCGCCAAUAAGUCGAAAUAAAACUCCGUAAUCAGUGAAUGGUUGAUUUCCACGCCAAAAGUUCGAAAUGAAACUCCUGAAUCAGUGAAUGUUUGCUUACCCCGCCCAAAAUUCGAAAUGCAACUCACGAAUCCGUGAAUUGUUGCUUUCCCUGUCCAAAAUUGGAAAUGCAACUCCUGAAUCAUUGAAUGGUUGCUUUCACCGCCCAAAAUUCGAAAUGCAACUCAUGAAUCAUUUUUUGCUCGCUUUCCCCGUCCAGUUCGGCAGUUGAUCAUCCCAAUUACGUUCUCACGAUAAAUCGUCAGUAGGCCUAAUUGGUGAGACUUAUACAUAAUUUGAUAUCUGACUCUCUUAUAUAACAUUUUCUCAAAAGUUACGAACCUUAUAUUCGCUUUUUAUCCUUAUAACAUGUGGACACACGUGAUCAUGUAAAAAUGUUCUGUUAUUUCAAAGACAUUUCAUGUUUUCAUUGAAUUGUUCAAUGUUUGUUGCAAAUUUUGUGUAGUCUCUAUGUAUUUUGCGAUAUUUGUUGCUAUACUAAUAAAGAUUAUUAGAAGCAUUACAGAUAGAACUUUAAAUUACCCAUAUUAGAGCUUGGGUACGUUUAAUAUGCAAAAUCAUAACGAAAUAAAUAUGUAUUCAUAAUUGUAUACUUUGCCAUGUGUAUAAAUAAUUUACACAAAUACAAAUAAAUUUGAAAGCUUG